AGCGGGAGGUAAGAGCGGCCGAGGGGCCCCCGCGGAGAAGCGGCGGGGCGGGCGCUGCGGGAAGGAGCGCGGGAGAAGGCGCGCGGAGAAGGUCGGCGCUGCGCCGGGAGCGGCUGGAUGGAAUCAGGGCUGAGCGUGAGGGGAACCCCCCGGUAAGGGCGGUGCGGAUCGAUCCCAGCAAAAGCCUAUCCUUCAGCAAUGGACAAGAUUUACACAGACCCUAACGUGGAAAUGGAUAACACAGAGCACAUCAGGAGGAAGCGACUGUCCUCCAUUUUAAAGGCUCCACGAAAUCCUCUGGAUGAUCUGGGAAAUGGGAAUGAAAUGACAGAGGACAUCCACACGGAGAGACGCAGGAGGAGCUCGCGCAGGGUCAGCUUCGCCAGCACCAUCAACUGCAGAGUCUUCCAGCGAGAUCUUAAGAACAGCACAUCAGAGACAGAAAAUACAGAGUGUUCAGCAAAUGAGAAGGAUGAUACAUUGACUAAUCAGAAUGAAGACCCUGAGGCUGUUCCAUGUGAGAUCACUGGGAUGAACACUUUGCUUCAUGCUCCCAUCCAGGCCUUGGGGCAGCAGACUGAGUGGCAUGAUGUGGACCACGCUGCUCCAAGGACAGACAGGCAGGACACCACCCUCCUCUUCUCGGAGGAGAAUGAGAUGGAGAUGACAGCCAGUCACACAGCCAUGAUCUCACGCAACCUCAGCACCCACCAGCCCGACAGAACCAAGAAAAUAGACUUCACCUCCUUCCUGGCUAAGUUAAACUCCAGCCAGGGGAAGGCAGAAGCCAGCAAGGAGCUGAGUUUGCUCUCUGACUCCACAAACCAUCCGGGGCCGUCUUUGGAGCAGAAGGAAGAAGCCACUGCUGUGAAAAAAAUAGAUUUCAAUGAAUUUCUGCAGAGAGUGAAGUCAAACAAUCCUGCUGAGAGACCUGACAAGGACAGUGUUGAUUGUGUCCCUUCCCAAGGCUCAGGAGAUGUGACACAACUGUCUGGGGAAUUUGGCUGUUCCCAUGAGCCACCGGACACCUGCAAUGUGACAAGAGUGUUUAGAGGCAGAGAAGGUGGCAUGGAGAUGACAAAAUGUGAAGCAGCUGAUGUUAAAAUUCCAUUUCCUGGAGUCAGUGAGGUUCCAGCAGAGCAGUGGGAGUGUGGGGAUGUUACUGAAGCAUUUGCAGACCAGGGCAUGGAUGUGACAACCAGUCACACUGCAAAAGUGUCCUUUGCCCUCUCUGCUGCUGUUGGGAACCAAAGUCUCAGCUUCCAAAAGGAUUUUCCACCUGAAGAGUCAGAUAAUUCUGUGUUCAGGAGAGCAUCUAAUCACAGCUUAAAUGUUCAGCAGGACACCUGCAAUGUGACAAGAGUGUUUAGAGGCAGAGAAGGUGGCAUGGAGAUGACAAAAUGUGAAGCAGCUGAUGUUAAAAUUCCAUUCCCUGGAGUCAGUGAGGUUCCAGCAGAGCAGUGGGAGUGUGGAGAUGUUACCAAGGCAUUUGCAGAUGAAGGCAUGGAUGUGACAACCAGUCACACUGCAAAAGUGUCCUUUGCCCUCUCCACUGCUGGGAGCCAAAGUCUCAAUUUCCAAAAGGAUUUCCCACCCAAAGAGUCAGAUAAUUCUGUGUUCAGGAGAGCAUCUAAUCACAGCUUAAAUGUUCAGCAGGACACCUGCAAUAUGACAAGAGUGUUUAGAGGCAGAGAAGGUGGCAUGGAAAUGACAAAAUGUGAGGCAGCUGAUGUUAAAAUUCCAUUCCCUGGAGUCAUUGAGGUUCCAGCAGAGCAGUGGGAGUGUGGGGAUGUUACUGAAGCAUUUGCAGACCAGGGCAUGGAUGUGACAACCAGUCACACUGCAAAAGUGUCCUUUGCCCUCUCCGCUGUUGAGAACCAAAGUCUGAACUUCCAAAAGAAUUUCCCACCUGAAGAGUCAGAUAAUUCUGUCUUCAGGAGAGCAUCUAAACACAGCUUAAAUGUUCAGCAGGACACCUGCAAUGUGACAAGAGUGUUCCGAGGACAGGAAGGUGGGAUGGAAAUGACAAAAUGUGAAGCAGCUGAGGUGAAAAUUCCAUUUCCUGGAGUCAGUGAGGUUCCAGCAGAGCAGUGGGAGUGUGGGGAUGUUACCAAGGCAUUUGCAGAUGAAGGCAUGGAUGUGACAACCAGUCACACUGCAAAAGUGUCCUUUGCCCUCUCUGCUGUUGGGAACCAAAGUCUCAGCUUCCAAAAGGAUUUUCCACCUAAAGAGUCAGAUAAUUCUGUGUUCAGGAGAGCAUCUAAACACAGCUUAAAUGUUCAGCAGGACACCUGCAAUGUGACAAGAGUGUUCCGAGGACAGGAAGGUGGGAUGGAAAUGACAAAAUGUGAAGCAGCUGAUGUGAAAAUUCCAUUCCCUGGAGUCAGUGAGGUUCCAGCAGAGCAGUGGGAGUGUGGGGAUGUUACCAAGGCAUUUGCAGAUGAAGGCAUGGAUGUGACAACCAGUCACACUGCAAAAGUGUCCUUUGCCCUCUCUGCUGUUGGGAACCAAAGUCUCAAUUUCCAAAAGGAUUUCCCACCCAAAGAGUCAGAUAAUUCUGUGUUCAGGAGAGCAUCCAAUCACAGCUUAAAUGUUCAGCAGGACACCUGCAAUGUGACAAGAGUGUUUAGAGGACAGGAAGGUGGCAUGGAAAUGACAAAAUGUGAAGCAGCUGGUGUGAAAAUUCCAUUCCCUGGAGUCAGUGAGGUUCCAGCAGAGCAGUGGGAGUGUGGGGAUGUUACCAAGGCGUUUGCAGAUGAAGGCAUGGAUGUGACAACCAGUCACACUGCAAAAGUGUCCUUUGCCCUCUCCACUGUUGAGAACCAAAGUCUGAACUUCCAAAAGAAUUUCCCACCUGAAGAGUCAGAUAAUUCUGUGUUCAGGAGAGCAUCCAAUCACAGCUUAAAUGUUCAGCAGGACCCUCAGCUUUGUGCAGACAGGAGAAGAGCAGGUGCUGAAGGCAGAGGAGCCCCCCCUGUGCGGCGAGCUGGGAAGCAGAAGGCCGGGGCAUUGUCUGCCAUCUCAGUUUCGUCUGAGACCAUCUUCAGAGGGGACAAAUCCGUUGUGUUUUCCAAGUGUGAUGACAUGGAAAUGACUGGGAAUUACACAGACAUCAUCUAUGAGGCCAGCAGCACAGAACAGAGCAGUUCAUGCCAUAAGACCUGUGAAAAGCCAGUGAGUACCAACCCUCUGCUGGCAGGGAGCAGGUCCCUGGCAUGUGGUGACAUCCCCAAGGGUCUGGCACCUGGAGGUAAUCCUGCUGCUGGAACCUAUAAAAACAGUGCACUUGAACUGCCUUCAGCCCCAGGUGGACACAUGGAAAAUGUGUCUCAAGCUUGUGGUCCUGCUGCAGCCAGCUCUGGAUUUGGCUCACAUUUUGUGGCUAGUGGUGUUCUGAAGAGCAGGUUUGAUCCCUCUGCAAAACCCCAGCUUGUUUUUGCAGGUGAGAAGACUGUAAUAUUCACAGGAGAAGACAUGGACUUGGCCAAAAGCUGUGUUAAGGAUGGUGGAGAGAAUGUUGACCAUGAAAAUCCCACUGCACUGUUCACCUCUGCCACGUGCAAACCUCAUUUCCUGGGUAACAGAUCCACACCUCCCAAUGUAACUGAGCAGGAAGAAAUGGAAAUAACAAGAUGCCACACUGUUUUCUUUGAUGGUCAAAGCAGUGGGAUAACAGCAGAGUCAAAACAAAUGCCCUGUAAAAUCAUUCCAAGAAAGAACCAGAACAAAAAUGUCACUGAGGGUGACAUAUCUGCAUAUUCUGUAGAGAUGGACAAGGAAAAUGUUGAAGUGAAGAGUAUUGAUAGGAACAUUAAAAAGAGCCAGGCUAUGGAGAGGAAUGCUCAAGAUCUUCAGAUGAUAAUGGUUGACAAGAAGCUUGGAAAAACCAACUUCCAGGCAAGUGCUCUGAGUUCCUGUGCCAAGAGCAUGUGUCUGUUGCAAGAGCAAAACAGAGGAGUCCCUGAGAGUGUUGUCACUAACCCCAGUGCAUCCCUGUCCUUGCAAAGCCAAAAAGUUGUAUCACAGCCUCUGGAAGAAAACUCUCCAAGCCUCUCAGGUUUCUGCACAAAUGACACAACAGGGAUGUUUUUAGGUGAUCAAAGCAUGGACAUAACCAAAGCUCAUCCUGCUGCCUUUGAGAUUGCUCCUAUUAACACAGAACAAGAAUCCAGUAAUUCUAAUCAAAACCCUGCAUUAUCCAAGCAGCUGCAAAACCAGCCCUUCCCAUUUUCCAGUCGUCAUGGUGUGGAGAUCGUGAGUCAAACUGCAGCAAUGGAAUGUGGGGACUUGAAAAUGAGCACCAGUAAGCAAAUUGUUACUGCUUUGGCUCCAAGUGGUUCAUUUACUUUCAGUAACAAUCCUGCUCCCUCUGGAAUGAGAGGAAAUGAACAAUCUGGGACAGUAAUAGGAAGAAAUGCAGAUGGCCAAAACUCAGAGAGGCAAGAGAAACUCCAGCCUGUGAGGGCCGUAAGCAAAGAAUUUCCAACCCAAGGAGAUUCUGACAGACAUUUUUCCAUGGGUAAAACAGGUUCUUCAAGAGAGGAUUUAAAAACUCCUCCCUCAGCUCGUGGGCUGCUCCAGAGGGGUGCAGAAGAACCAGUGUGGGCCAGGACAUCUGAGGCACCCAAGGAAAGUUCCCAGUUGUCUUUCUUUGGAGAAAAGUCUGUUGUGUUUCCCCACGGUGAAAACAUGGACACGAUUGGCAGGUGUCUGGUGAUGGUUCCAGAUUACAGCAUCAGCGUUGUUUUGUCACAAAACAAAGCAGCACCUGGAUGCUUUGGUCAAGGUGGAAAUGAAACAAUGUCCUUGGAAAAAGGGGCCACGACGACAGCGCCGGCAGAGCGGGGCGGGCAGGAGGCUGCCUGUGGCAGAACCAUCACUUUUGCUCCUGCUGAGGAUAUGGAGAUCACCACAACUCACACAGCAUGGCACAGACAGCCCGCCCCAGCCAUCCCUGCUGACAAAACCAUCGUGUUUGCCCACGACCAGGAGGACAUGGACAUCACUGCAUCCCACACCGUUGCUGUCAGUAGGAACGUCUGUGGGUUUGAGGCCCAGCAGGUGCCCCACACAAACACCCAGCAGCCGCCACAGCACACGCACAGUGGGUUGGUGCCCUGCAGAGGUGAAAUGGAUUCCUCACAAAAUGCCACAGAACCUGAGGAUAAGCCCAGCAUUCCCUUUUCUGCCUCAUCAGAUUCAGCAUUUCCUAGUGAGAAAGGAGCUACCCAGGUCCCCAGUGGCACAACACCACAUUCCAUUUAUUCUGUCUCCCUUCAAGAAAGUACUGUGGAUGCAGGGGCACCACGGGAUCAUGGCCUUCCCACAGAUAAUUCUGAGCAGGAUCUCACACCACCAGAAAAACUGCAAUCAAAGGGAGUAACUUCUGAGUUCCCAAGUAAGGGCCCUGUGGAUCACAGGGAAGAAAGUGGCAGUUUGGGAUCUUGUGUUGCCUUUCCCGUGCAGGGAUCAGAUCCUUGGAAGGGUCAUCCAGAUGCCCCAGGUACUCAGAGAAACCAGCUAGUGGAAGAGGAUUCAUCUCAGCCUGGAGAUUCAGAUUUGGCCUUGGCUGGAGCAAACCUCAUUCCAGCUGCUGACAAGGAAUCCAAGAAAAAUGAGGAGCUGUCAGCUGAAGGGGAGGCGCCUCCAAAAGAUUUCCAAAUAAACUCUGAACAAAGCAGGCAGCCUUUGGUCAGUGACAGUUCAGGGGAUCAGAUGCAAACCACUCUUCCACCAGCAGCUUCAGGUAUUAUAGGUGUUUGUUCAAAACUGAUGGGUCUGACAAGGAAAUCUGUUUCUGUUUCCAAAACUGCUUCUUCUGACCAGUUGCCCAGUUCCUCAGCUCAGCCAGAGGAUACCCUGAGCUUGGGAAAAAACACUGUCAGUGAGGCAAAUAACUCCUUUGAGCCCAAAAAGCAGGAGAACACAGGUCUGGAAUCUGGAGCUGAUCACACAGGAAUGGCACCAAAGGAUAAAUAUCCAGGAAUAAAUAUCCCUCUGGGUAUAUUCCAGCCUAAAUUACCAAACAAGAGGAAUCGUGUUUCCAGUGCACAGGACAUAAAUACAAAAUCAGACAAAGCAGAAGCUCCAAUUCCAGCAAACACCAGUGAAACCCCAGGUAACAAGUCCAGCAGGCAGAACUUCAGUCCUUUUCAGUUCAUAGCAGAAGAAUUUCUCCCUGUGUGCCUGGAGGAAAUGGAUUCCAAUGAAUCUGUCAGCUCCGAACUCAUGGAAAACAUUUGGGAUGAUAAAAAUAAAAAACAAAUGCCCCACUCUGAAAAGGAUCCAUUUGAAGAGACAAAAACUUGCAGCAGGAAAAGAGCUUUAGGACAAACUGAGGAGGAUCCUCAAAGCCCGAAGGUGGCCAAGAGGGAUCAGCAUGGGGAUGCUGGGGCCUCUCAGGACUUGGAGGUGACUUUUGAUGUUGUGCCUCAGGACCAGGCAGAAGUUGGUGAAGCUGGAGAACCUCCAAAUCUCUCAGCUAAAAGCCCUGGGUGUCCUCAGGCCAGCACCAGCAGCUCCCUGGAUUCUGUGAAGGCUGACAUAGAGUCAACAAUCCAACGCAGCAGCCAGGUGGAAUCCCAGCUUCUCACGGACAGCAUUUGUGAAGAAAAUUUAUGGGAGAAAUUUCAGAGCGGUGCUAUCACAGUUGGGGAGUUUUUUACUCUUCUUCAAGUCCAUGUUGUGAUUCAGAAGCCCCGGCACAGCCAGCUUCCAGCCAGUUGUGCAGUCAGUGCACCUCCCACUGCAGAAGAUCUCAUCUACAGCCAGUACAUUCACAGGCCCAAGCUGAGGAUUUACGAGGAGGAUUGCCAGGACCUGUCUCGGAAAAUAGAGGAGUUAAAACCACAUGUGACUGUCCUGGAUCAGCCCCUGGUGAACGUGACCAGGAGUUUGUGGGAAGUAAUGAGAACCUGCACUGAUGAAGAGCUGAGUAAGUUUGGAGCAGAACUGAACAAGAUGAAAUCCUGUUUCUCCAAGGAGGCUAAAAUCUUGUCUCACAAUGAGAAGGAGACAUUGUACAGGAAACUGCUGCAGAGUGCUGAGGAGCAAUACAGAAAGCUGCAAUCCAGAAUGGAAAAGGUGGAUGAAUGGAUGAAGGAGGUAGAGAGCUCCGUGGCUGCUCUGGAAUCAGAUUCUUUUUGGGAUGAAAAGGAAGCUGGCUGCAGUGCUGGAACAGCAGGAGGGCAGAACUUGCAGGAAGAAUUGCAAAGGAUCACAGCCCAAGAAGAGGAACUUCUGAGAGAGCUGUCAGAGAUGGAUGCUGAGGAUGAGCAUGAUCUGGCUGAGAUGGAGAAGCUCAAGAUCACUGAAAGGGACUGCCUGGAAAUCCUAAAGAAAUAUGAUUUCACUGAGUGGGAGUUGAUGGAAUGGAAUGACCAGCAAGCUGUCUUUCAUUUUCUUUAUGAUUCUGUGACACUCACAGUUGUGUUUGGACCCCCAAUAGAUGAUGAGUUUUUCGCUGCACGUCCUUCCAGAAGCAUUGUUAGCCUGGACUUUGAAUCUUUCCUGGAUGAGGAACAAGCUCCACCCUCCUCCUGUUUAGUCCACAAACUCAUCUUCCAGUUCAUUGAAAGUCGGGGAUGCUGGCAGAAAAAGUGUCCCAAACUGUGCUACUUGCCCCAGGCUCUCUUGGACAUCUCCUUGGUGGUGAAUCGCUGCAAAAUCUUGGGAGAUGAGUUGGAAUUUCUGCAGAGGUGGGGUGCAAAAUUCCAGCUCCUGGAGACAGACAUCAAAGACACAGAGGUGAAGCUUCUGUUCUCCUCUUCGGUGGCUUUUGCAAAGUUUGAGUUGAGCCUGGCUCUCUCUCAUGAUUACCCAUCCACUGUUCUUCCCUUCAGGGUGCAGACCCACAUUGGGAAUAUCGGGGAGAAGGAAGUUGCUGCUGUUCUCUCCAGAGUUCCAGUUGGUCACCACUACCUGCAGAGAGCAGUCAGCUCGAUCCAUCAGAAUCUGCUCCAGGCUCCCAGAUAAUCCUGGAUCCACAGGCAGGACUGGAGCAGUCAAAAUGGGGUAGCCUGUGAGUUUGGUUUUAUGAGAAUUGCAGCUGUGUCUCCAUGAAAUGGGAAUGCUGUCACCCACUCAGCUCUAGUGUUCCUGCCUAUUUAGUUUCCUCAUGGCUUAGACCAAGUAGAAUGCUUGGUGUAGGCCACAAGUUUUACAAAGGCAGAGGUGUCUAAAGAGGAGAAGAAGGAAAUUCCUGGAUGCCUUGUAAGUUCAAGGUGCUUUUUCUCUUCUGCCAGUCACUGGUGGUCAUUCCUGGCAAAGCUGGCACAGAUAGUCAUGGUUGGGUAGUCAUUCCAAGCAUGGAUAUUCUUCUGCCAUAUCCCAUUAAUUUUGUCAUUUACAGAGCACUUGGAAAAAGCAAUGGUGAGUGUUUUCUAAAUUAUUACAACUGGAAUGUACUUUUGCAGUCAUUAUUUCACUACCAUGUACAAUUUAACAGAUCCCACCACAUCUGGUGUUUAUCCAUUGCCUGGCACCCCUCCCAGGCCAGACACUAUCCCUGCAUCUGCUGAAUUAACCAGUUAACCUCUAGCAAUUCACCCCCAUCACCAAAGCCAGAAAUAUUUUUGGAAUUAAGGCUAAAAAUCCCUGUGCUUGCCCACAGAGUUUGGGAUGCAACAGCCUCAUAUCCAUCACUGUGAUUCCCUGGCAGAAGUUAGUUCUGACAUUGCCUUAGUCCAGCACCAUCUCUGGGUGCUGGGGCACUGUCCCAGUUUGGAAUGCCAUGGAAUUCUAGUGAGGAGACUGAACUCCUUAAACUUGGGAGCAUCUGUGAGCUCCAGCUUGGUUUUGUGUAUAAUUUUGUGUAUUAUGUGGGUCUUGCUGUUGGAACUGAUCUCACCCUGUGUUACUGAGCCAAAGCACCAGCCCUGGCUCAGCUCUCAGUUCUGCAGCUGCAAAUCUGUGUACCCUGUAAAAUAUGUUGGAUUUAAAAAUGUUUUCCUGUAUUUUAGUGUUUAUAUAUUUUGUCUUUUUACAAAGUUUGUGUCUGUUUGAAAAGUGGAAGUUUAAUAAAGAUUGGGUUUAUCA